UACCUUGUCAUUUGUUCUCUCCUCUCUCUCUCUCUCUCUCUCUCUCUCUCUCUCUCUCUCUCUCAUCUCAAUCUCCAAUCUCCAAUCUCUGCAACUAUCCCUCAAUUUGAUCAAAAUCCAUCUCCAAAAGACACCCAGAAAUCUAGCUAACACCUGAAAAUCCCUAACCCCCCAUCAGCUCAGAUCACCAAACACUCCUUCCUGUUAACAGUGAAGCUAGUGCUGAAACAAGACGAAGGAGCUAGGAGAUAGGAGUUAGAAGAGAAGAGAAACAAGGGCUUGUUUGGAUUGUAGAGAUAAUCAAUCCAAGAAGCUUUAGAUGGAGUUGUUCCCAGCACAGCCAGAUUUGUCUCUGCAAAUUAGCCCUCCAAACACCAAACCCACAUCAUCAGGUAGUUGGAGGAGAAGUGCAGAAGAAGAAGAGGCGGCAGAGGUGGAUUUGGGGUUCUGGAAAAGAGCCUUCGACUCCAGAAACUCAUCCAUCUCCUCCGACACCUUCUCCGACCUCUCGCUAUCGAAUCCAACUCGCCUCUCUCAUGAUCAGUACUCCAACACCAACAGGAUCAACCAUUUCCAUCACCAAAACCACUUCGGCCUCCAAAAUGGCCAUAAUGGUAACACUAAUGGUCUCCUUUUCCAUGCCUUUCAGCAAAACCAGUUCCUAAACCCUCAACACCAACUCCAUCAUCACCAAAGGGUAUUCGAGCAACAGCACCAGCAAGAACAACAAGGAGGGUACCUAGGCCCAGAGCUUGGGUUCUUGAGACCCAUAAGAGGAAUUCCAGUGUACCAAAACCCUCCUCCACCAAAUCCUCAUCUUCAUCACCAUCAUCCUCCUCCUAAUUUGUUCCCAUUUUCUGCACAAAAUAUUAAGCCUAAUCUAAAUUUGGACACUACCGCUACUUCUCUAUCCUCAUCCAACAGUACAUUAAGCUCACCCUCCAGUAACCCAUUUCUCCGGUCUAGGUUCUUGUCCCGUUUUCCUGCCAAACGUAGCAUGAGAGCCCCUCGGAUGCGGUGGACUACCACUCUACACGCUCGAUUCGUUCACGCCGUUGAGCUGUUGGGUGGCCAUGAAAGGGCUACACCAAAGUCAGUUCUUGAGCUCAUGGAUGUGAAAGAUCUCACCUUGGCACAUGUUAAAUCUCAUCUGCAGAUGUACCGGACGGUGAAAACUACCGAUAAAGCAGCGGCAACUUCAGGACAAUCUGAACUGUAUGAAAAUGCAUCAUCUGGGGAUACCACUGAAGAUAUAAUGUUCGACAAUAUUAAUCAGAACCCAACAAGGUCUUCCGAGCAGGGAAGACCAAAUCAUGCUCAAGAUAAGGAGUACUAUGGUGGCCUAUGGAGCAAUUCUUCAAGCAGAGAAGCUUGGUUGCAUGGAAAUAAACCAAAGGAUGAUUCUGCUGGAAAUAUGCCAUCUCUUCUUGAUGAUGAGAAGGACAUGAUGGAUCCCAAAGGCUUAAGAAGCAGCUUUGAGAGAAUAUCAGAUGUAAGCUCCUCAACAAACCAUUCAGGGACAAGCCCCAUGAAGCCUAAUUUGGAAUUCACUUUGGGGAGAGGCCACGUUAAUUAAUUAAUUGAUGAUUGAUUAAAUCAUCAAAUUAAUUGGUUUUUAAUUUCAUUAAUUAACUACAGAUGAUUUGUGUCUCUGAAUGGGAGCUGGGGAUGAAGAGAUGAGAGAAUCGGGUACCCUUCUGAGAAAAUCAGAGAGAUGAAAAAAAAAAGAAAAAAAAAAGAAAAGAAAAAGAAAAGUAAAAGGAGAGCUAAAGAAAGACAAGGAGACAAGAAAGACAGAAAGCAACAAAGGAGAAAAGGGAUGCAUGGAGAAAAAAAAGAAAAGCAUGUCCUUCAAUUCCUAUCAACCUCCUGUGAGAUCCCAAUCAACAUAUUAUAUUAUUCCAUCCUAGCUAGUCUACGUAAAUAUAUGAAAUCUAAUGUUCUUUUUUUGGCACUCAGAGAGAGAGAGAGAGAGAGAGAGAGAGAGAGAGAUGAGACCUCUAAAAGUAUGAAGUGAUCCUUGGUAAUUGUAAUGGAGCACUUUACAUUUUAUGAAAUAUAUUUAUAUUUUUACCA